AAAAGAAGAUGCCUCUACCUUUUGGGUUAAAAUUGAAACGAACUCGACGAUACACAGUAUCUAGCAAGAGCUGCUUGGUGGCUCGGAUCCAGCUGCUCAACAAUGAAUUUGUGGAGUUCACACUGUCUGUGGAAAGCACAGGCCAGGAAAGUCUGGAAGCAGUGGCUCAGAGGCUUGAAUUGCGUGAGAUUACUUAUUUCAGUCUGUGGUAUUACAAUAAGCAGAAUCAGCGCAGAUGGGUAGAUUUGGACAAGCCUCUGAAAAAGCAGCUGGACAAAUAUGCCUUGGAGCCAACUGUGUAUUUUGGAGUAGUGUUCUAUGUGCCUACUGUUUCUCAGCUUCAGCAGAAAAAAUAA